AUGCUUAUCAGAGUCCCAGCUUCACGGCCCCGCAGCUCAACACGGGGUCCUUUAGAUGCACCACCAGAUGACCUUCUUGAACCAACAAGCUUGCUUUCUUCGCCAAACAUUGGCAACGAUGCCGAAAGUGAGUCUUUCUCGGGGGCUUCUUUUCACGAAUUAGAUCUGCUGGCCCCCGACGACCUCCCAGAAACGCUGGGAAAGGACCUUUCUUUCGUUCUCCGGCAUUCUAUUUUCCAUCCUCUAAACCAUACCGGCAUUCCCUCCCCAUUACGCUCCGAAUUUAUUGUCCUCGAUCCCAGCGAACCACUCUCAUCCUCACUGGGCGUGCUUGAGAAGUUACUUGUUAAAGGUCGUUUCUUGGUCGCUGCACACUUCGCUGCUUCAAUAUUGACCUCCUCCUUGAUAAAACCCACGGAUAUCAAAAUUAUCUUCUCUUUGUUUUACACCCGUCUUGCUUGCCUGGAGCUUUCCGGAAAUACCGUUCUUGCGGCCCAGGAGUCGAAGGCAUUGGAGGACCUGAAUUCUGCAUUCUACUACAUUGACCUUGAUCCUGAUUCAUCCGAGGCGGACAAAAAAGAUAAUGUUCAUAGCCAUUACCCUCGUCAUAUUGUCCCCUGGCCGCUGCGUGUUCUAGCUGUGAGACUCCAAAGCAUUGGAUUUGGUGACCCCCGCAGAAGUAUUGGUGGUCUUUACGAAAUCGGAUUGGAGGCACGACGAGAGAUAACAAACCCAAAAAAUGGAGAAGCGGAGCGAAAAGUUUGGAGAGAAAGACUAGCAGAUCUAGGAAUGCGGAGCGUCAAUGCGUUGGUCGAGAUGGGGGACCUCGAUGCAGCAAAAAGAUCACUGGAAAGCUUGCAAUCGGCCGAGUCUGAUACAGAUGCCACAAAGCUACGGAAGGCACUUCUAUUCCUGCGAACUGGGGAUGUUGACUCUGCGCAGCAAAUCUUCGGCGACUCGACCGACUCGAAGGAAGCGGCCUUGUUACAACCCCUUUUGAGCAUGUCAGACGGUCGUUACAAUGAUGCAGUGGACCAAUGGCAGGCUUUGCAAGAAGACAAAACGAGGUCAGACACGUCCUUGGUAGCUCAAAACUUGGCUGUCUGUCUUCUAUAUUCUGGUAAACUGGACGAGGCGCGUCAACUGCUGGAAUCUCAAGUCUCUGCCAACCACUCCUUCAGUAGUCUUGUUUUCAAUUUGUCAACGGUCUAUGAGCUCUGCUCCGACAAUGCUGGUCAAUUAAAGGGGCAGCUAGCCGCCACUGUCGCAGGUCAGCCAGUAUCUGGGCAGACAAAUAUGGACCGACCAAACACUGAUUUCAAGCUUUGA